AUGAAAUCGGCAGCAAUCACCCUAGGCGACGCUCCCUCUACCAGUCGGUGCUCAGAAUGUGAUGAGCGAAUGAUGGAAGUGACACGAUUGCAGAACGAAAUUAACGACGCAAAGGAUCAGGUUAGAAGGCUUCUUGACGACAUAGGUGACCUCUCCGGAAAACUUGACGAAGAGGAGGCAGUCGCUUUUGAAAAGGACGAGGCCAUAAAGAGUCUGCAAUUGGCCCUGAAUGUGGAAACAGAGGCUCGAAAUGCUCUUGAUUCCGAUCUCCGCGCCAAAGAAGAGGAAUGUCUCAGUCUGCUAAACAGCUUGGAAACGCUAUCGACGAGUGCAAAGGAGAAAAGUGAAGAGCACAGAUUGGAGAUGGAACAAAUGCGAGCGGAACUGAGUGAGAACACCGAAGAGCUCAAAAAAAGUCAAGAAAUGAUAUCUCAGCUGAGUAAGGCUCGGACCGCUGCCGAGGAAAUCACCAUCAGCCUUCAGGAGACCGCUUCAUCACUAUCGGAGCAGCUAAAUCAAGCCAUUACAGAGAGGGAAAAUGCGAUCGCUGGAAAAGAAAAGGCCGAGGCGCUUAGCGAGGAGUGGAAGGCCAAACACGUUGAACUGAAAAUGGAGCUGGACAACGUUGUCAUUAAUAAUGAGGCCACUCGUAAGAUGGAAGUCGACCGUUUGACCGUGGAGAAUGAACAUCUUACCGACAAACUGCACAAUUUAGAAACUGAACAUGAACGAGCGGUUGCUGACUUAACGGCAAUGCAAGAAAGCCAUAAUCAGUUCGUCGAAGUGUUAACCAAGAAGGUAGACCAUUUCAAAGAAGAGAAAGCUGAAUGGCUCUUGGAACGAGAAAGCAUGACAGCAGAAAUUGCAUCUCUCAAAGAAGAAGCUGAGGCAAGGAAAGAAGUUGAAAGCGAAAAGUCGACUCUCGAAUCAUACGUAGAAAACCUCACUAAAGAGGUGUCUGAGUUAUCGAUAAAGGAAAAGGAGCAAAAAGAGUCCGUGAAUCGACUCACCAGCCAACUGGAGGAAUUGGGAAAGGAGAAGGAUAAACUUUCAGGAGAGCGAGAAAGUUUACUACAUGAUCUGGCUUCCUUCCAAAGUAAACUAUCGGCACAGAGUGAGUUAUUCGAGCAGCAGAAAAUCGCAUCGGACAGUCGCAUCGAGGAACUAACUAAGGAAGCGGCCGAUUGCACUAGGAGGGAAAAUGAACAAAAAGAGCUCGUGAAUCGUCUCAACAUUCAGUUGGAAGAACGAGCAAAAGAGAAGGAAAAAUACCUAGAAGAGCGAGAAAGUUUUCUAAAUGAUCUGGCUUCCUUCCAAAGUAAAUUAUCGGCACAGAGUGAAUCACUCGAGCAGCAGAAAAAUACAUCAGACAGUCGUAUUGGGGAACUGACUAAGGAAGUAGCCGAAUUUACACUGAGGGAAAACGAACAAAGAGAACUCGUACAUCGUCUAACCGCUCAACUGGAAGAACGGGAAUUUGAGAAAGAUGAACUUCUAGAAGAGCGAGAAAGUCUACUGGUUGAUCUGGCUUCAUUCAAAAAUAAGUUAUCAGCACAGAACGAUUUGCUGGAGCAACAGAAAAGCAUGUCCGUUAAUCGCAUUGAGGAACUAACCAAAGAGAAUGCGCAACUUUCCAAGCAGUUACGCGAUGCUCUUCAAUCUGCCGAAGAACUCAAAAAGAAAGUUACUACGUUGGAGGCUACGACGGUGUUACAGGAAGAACUGAGAAGUAGUAAUGAGAAACACAUCAAGGAAAUGGAAGCUGAGUUAAGAGAAUCUUAUGAGUCUGAAAGGAAGGCCAGGGAAGAGCAGUGUCAUCAGAUCGAAGAGGAUUUCACUAAAGCCAUCGAAAAAGUGCAUACACUGACGGAGGAAAAAGCAAAAAGCGAGUCAUUAUUGGAGCGCCUACGCCAAGAAGUAGCUGAUAAGCACAACCAGUUGGUAUCCUUACGAAUCGAUGAGGCGAAUGUGACGGCUCUGCAUCGUGAUGCAAUGAAACGAAUUGAGCUACUAGAAAAGCAACUUAAAGAGCAAAAGGCAGCUGCAGAAAAGGUAGAGAUCAAGGUGCAAAAAGCUGUACAAAUAGAUGAGAGGACGUUGAGCGAGGAAACCGACUACGUAGCAAAUGUAUCAACGCCAUCAUCGAAUCAUCGCAUUAACAGUAGUUCUGACGAGGAUGAUGGUUUCGACUAUGACGACACCUAUGAUGAUGACGAACUCAAAGCCGAGCACUCGGCGCCAGUCAGUCCUAAACCUGAACCCGUCGUAAACGGUCGAGAGGAGUACUGUGAAUUCUGUUCGGAUUAUGGUCACGACACCUUCAGUUGUGCUUCUUAUCUGAUGAGAAGACAGGGCCAAAAUCAAACGCGACACAAGUGA